AUGCAACUUCUGGUAUUGAUUAUUGGUUUCGGAAUCGCUAUAGCAGGGUAUGUCCACCCAGAGCAAAUUCAUCUUUCGUGGACAGAAGAAAUAAAUCAAAUGAGAGCUACUUGGGUCACUUACUUAAAUGCUCCGCCACAUGCAGCUUAUCGGCCCAUCUUAUGCGGAAAUGUCCCAUCACCCUCCAACUUCACCUAUAUCGGAGGAGACACCAAGAAAUUCCAAGAAGGCCCUCACUUUUGGCAGAAUCAGUACAUUCAUACAACUGUCUUUGAAAACCUAUUGCCAGAAUGUUGGUAUGAGUAUAAAGUCAGUAACUUAGGGUCAUGAAGCAAAACUUACUUAUUCAAUGGAAGAACUCCAGAUACAAGCCAAACGUUUAGAGACGUGAAUAAUUCUUUUACUCUUAUUGUUUUUGGAGACUGGGGCACUGGUCCUAUUGGACAAUAUACAAAGCACUUGCUUGGCGAAGAAACGCUCACAAGAGAUUAUUUAGGAAUUCUGCACAUGGGUGAUAUUGCCUAUGACUUAGACGAUGAAGACGGAAAGGUAGGAGACGACUACUUAAACAUGAUUCAACCCAUAGCUGCUACUUAUCCUUACAUGACAGUCCCUGGAAAUCAUGAAAAAGCUGAUAACUUCACUCAAUAUAUAAACAGGUUCAAUAUGCCAAAUAAUGGAGUAAAUCAAGGAACAAGCUUUUUUUACUCUUUUAAUCUUGGGCCAGCGCACUUUAUAAUGUAUAAUACGAACCCUUAUUUCAAGAACACAUCCCAAGCAAGUGCUGAUCUUCAAACUCAAUGACUAGCUAACGAUUUAGCCAUAGCCAAUAGUCAAAGAAGUAUAAGACCAUGGAUUAUUGUAUUAGCUCAUCACCCUCUUUAUUGUUCUCAAGACUGGUUUGAAGAAGGAAGUCAAACCGAUUGUGGAGAGCAGCCAGCUGUUAUUAAGCCUAUUCUUGAAGAUUUAUGGUAUAAUAACAGUGUUGAUCUUGCACUGCAAGCUCAUUUGCACAAUUAUGAAAGAGAUGCUGCUAUAUAUAAAAACCAAACAAUACCAAGCCAAUAUGAUGGACAAAAUAUCCACAUAAACCCUAACGCUCCUAUAUACAUUGUCAGUGGAAAUGCAGGAAACAAUCAUGGGCAUAAUGAUCCAGCUUCUACAACUCCUCAGCCUUGGGCAAGGUAUUUGAGUAAUGAUUAUGGCUAUGGCAGGCUGACUGUUUAUAACCAAACCCAUUUAUUCUGGGAGCAGUUCAGUGCUGUUGCGCUAACUGAAAUAGAUUACGUUUGGAUCAUCAAAGACCAGCCAAGAUACAAGCCGGUUCUUUCUUAA